CGCACCAAAUCCAGCAAUGCACCAACCUUUGUAGGCCCCACUUUUAUGUCCGAAAAAUCUCUUCUUCCUCUCUCUCUCUCUCUCCAAACUCUCUUCUUCAACUUCUCUGCUUGAACAUCAUAAACAAAGAGAAAUUCAGAUCAAAUAUUUCCUGCCUGUAAACCCUCGGAAGAAUCUUUCCUCCAUUACUGAGCCCCAGAGAAGAUGAGGGAGAAGCAGUGAAGAAAAGAGGAAGAAGAAGAAAGAGAGGGAUAAAAAUGAAAUCAGUAUUGCAGCAAAGUUUCUAUAACAGAAGAAACAAUAAUAGUUUUAGAAAUCCAUUAGAUUCACCAUCAUCACAUCAUGAUAAAUCUCAAACAUCAAAUUUAUUCUGGUUAGUAAUUCAUGGUAUUUGUUGUAUUAUUAGUCUUGUUUUAGGUUUCAGAUUCUCUCGUAUUAUCUUCUUCCUUCUUUUCUCAACUAGUACCACUACUAAUAAUGAUCUCUACUCACUUAGAACUAGCACUACUACUUCAGAUCUUGAUGCUACAACUAAAUUUCAUGUGAAUUCAUCAACUCAAUUAUUCAAUAAUGGAAAGACUAAUAGCCGUGUUGUAGUAGGCAGACAUGGAAUUUUGAUUCGUGAAUGGCCUCAUCCUGAUUAUAAUGAAGUUAUGAGAGCUCAUAAAAUACUUGAUAGAGUUCAGAGAGAACAAAGAAUUCAAUAUGGAAUUAAGAAUCCAAGAACUUUGAUUGUGAUCACACCUACUUAUGUUAGGACUUUUCAGAGACUUCAUAUUACUGGUUUAAUGCAUUCUUUGAUGCUAGUACCCUACGAUCUGAUUUGGAUUGUUGUUGAAGCUGGUGGAAGGACUAAUGAAACAUCUGAAAUUAUUAAUAAAUCUGGUUUGAGGAAUUAUCAUGUUGACUUUGAUACUCGGUUGCCGAUUUCGUGGGAGGAUCGACAUAAAAUGGAAGCGAAAAUGCGGAUUCAUGGAUUGAGAGUCGUGAAAGAGGAGAAAUUAGAUGGAAUUGUGAUGUUUGGCGAUGAUAGUAAUAUGCAUAAUAUGGAAUUGUUUGAUGAGAUCCAGUCUGUGAAAUGGUUUGGUGCUAUUUCUGUUGGAAUUCUUGCUCAUUCUAGUAGUUCCCAAGCUACAUCAUCAUUGACUAAUAAGCAGAAAGCAGAAAAUCUGCCUAUGCCUGUUCAAGGUCCAGCAUGUAAUUCAUCUGGACAUUUGAUUGGUUGGCACACUUUUAAUUCUCUUCCUUAUGAGGGGAAGAGUGCGAGGUACAUUGGCGACAGGGAAAUUGUUUUACCAAGGAAGCUUGAAUGGUCUGGGUUUGUAUUAAACUCUAGGUUGGUUUGGAAGGAAUCACCAGAUAGACCUGUAUGGGUUAAUGAUCUUGAUUCGUUGCACGAAGCGGUGGUUGAGAGCCCACUUUCUUUGUUGACGGACCCUUCUUAUGUUGAACCUCUUGGUGAUUGCGGUCGGAAGGUUAUGCUAUGGUGGUUACGUGUUGAAGCCCGUGUGGACAGCAAAUUUCCUUCUGGAUGGAUAAUUGAUCCUCCUCUGGAAAUUACAGUACCUGCUAAACGUACACCAUGGCCAGAUGCACCUCCAGAACUCCCAUCAAAUGAAAAUUUGAAUAUUAUCCAAGAUCGCACAGAUAAGCGUCCAACCAAAACAUCUCGAGCUACUAAAAAACAUAGUUCCAGGAUCAAGCGGAAACCUGAAUCUCAAACAGGAGAUGCGCAAGUUUCUGAAGGGCAGAGGUAAGCAUGGCAAAUUGUUUGUCUACAACAUCUAGCUACAUGUGUUAGAAAGUGAAAUGAUCCGUCUUCAACAUCAAGAAAUGUGACUAAAGAAAUGAUAACACAAGGCUCAUACGAGACACACCAUGCUGGAAGCGUGUUUGUUACUAUUAGGUGGUUCAUUCGUGUGUGCAUUGUUAACGGGUUCUUGGAGCUUAGAAUUAUGGCAGGAGCCAGGAAAGAAGUAGGAACUUGUGUCUGUUGAUUCUUACUAUUUAGAGAACAGUGGUGUUAGGAAACCUCUGUUGUUUGUUAGUGUUUGAAAUGCUUAGAAAAUUUAUAGUUAUACCAUUUGAAAAGGUCAUCAUACCAUCUCUAGCUUCAAAGUUAGAUGUUGUAAAUGAAGAGGUUUAUUGGUGAUUCUUUGUUGUUAUUACUCUUGUUGUUGGAUCCAAAUGUUAGACGUUGUAAAGGGUAUCUAAUCCAAGUCUUCCAGAUUUGAUUUGUUUUUUGUUUUCUA